AUGCGGCUUCGGCCCCUCGUCAAUCAUGAGAUCGGUCAAGAGAAAUGCCUGACGAUCGAGGGCAACCAGGUCUCCAUCGUUGAGGAUGUCAUUGACACAGAUCGGAAGGCAGCAGUCCCAAAUGACUUUGACCGGAAGUCGACCUUCGCCUUCGAUGUCGCCAUGGACAGCACGGACGAGAGCAGCCCCUCCUUCGUCUCGCAGGAGAAGUGCUAUGAGAUCAUGGGCCGGCGAAUGGUGGAUCACAUGCUGCAGGGUUUCAACACCUGCCUCUUUUGCUACGGCCAGACGGGAACUGGAAAGACCACCACGAUCAUGGGCAAGGCGCAGCCGAAGUCAGAGCGCGGCCUUCUCAUGCGACUUGUCGACGAUGUGUUCGAGGAGGUGGACAAGGAGCAAUCGAACUCCGGGUCGCAGGUGCACGUUGUCAUGCAGAUGCUAGAAGUCUACAACGAGAAGCUGAAAGACUUACUCGCCACCUCAGACUUUCAGCCCGCUGGGCCUGGCCGCAGCGCUGCGAAGAAGAUUAACAUCCACGUGCAUCCGGAGCUUGGGGUGUACCUGACUGGGGCAAUCGAGGCACCUGUCAAAACGGCAGCCGAGUGCAUCAAAACGAUUGAAUACGGGAAUGCGAUGAAGGCAGUGCAGGCCACCGCCAUGAAUGCACAGAGUUCACGUGGCCACACCGUCUUCAAGCUGAACAUGGUCAGAGAGGGUGGCAGCGACAAUCUGUCCACCACUUCUGAGGUUUGCUUUGCAGACCUCGCUGGCCGGGAAAAUGAGAAGACGACUCAGGUCACCGGCGAGAGGUUCGUGGAGCUGAGCUUCAUUAACAAGAGCCUGCUGUACCUGUCCGGCUGCAUCCAGAGCUUGGGGCAUCAACCCCACCGCCGGCGCCUUCAGACUGACCAUGGUUCUGGCACUCCGAAGUCGAAGGGCGUGGACAUGUCGAGGUUUCGCAACUCCAAGCUGACACUGCUGCUCUCGAACGCGCUGUCGGGGAAUUCGAGGACAUCGAUGAUUGGAACGUUGAGUCCGGCCGCAGCACACUUCGAGGAGAGUCACAACACGCUCAGGUUUGCAUCGACAGUGAAGACCAUCAAGGUGCAGGCCAAAGCAGCGCGAGCAGUGGACAAGGACUGCAAGCUGAUGCUGAGCCCAUGGUUCAGCUACAUCAUAGGAUAUCAUGACGACGUGUUUGCGGGGUUCAUGUACGUUGGCACCAAAGCAGCUUUGCUUUUCGCCAUGGCCCAUCUCGGGCCGCUUGCAGAGCCUCUGAAGCUGCUGGAUGGAAGGCUGAUGCCGAGGUCCAAGCCUGGCCCUGAAACGUACAAUGCCGUGAAAUGGGCAUUGGAAAUGGGAUAUCGUUUGGUGGAUACUGCGGCCUUGUAUCGCAACGAGAAGAGUGUGGGCGAGGCCAUCAGGGAUUCGGGACUCUCCCGAGAAGAUGUUUGGAUCACUACCAAGCUUUGGGACAGUGAUCAUGGAUACGAGGCCACUCUGAAAGCAUGCCAGAAUAGCCUACAUCAGCUUGGACUGUCAUACAUCGACUUGUACUUGAUCCACUCCCCGAACACCGGUAAGUUGGUCGAGACCUGGGAUGCGAUGAUCGAACUUCAGCGCCGCGGCGUGGUGAGGUCAAUUGGCGUUUCGAAUUUCGGAGUGCCGCAUUUGGAAGCGCUGCGAUCGUCGGGCCGGCAGCUGCCCGUUGUUAAUCAGAUCGAAAUGCACCCGAUGGUUUACCAAGAGCGAAAGCCCGUGCUCGAGUUUUGCGCCGCUCACGGCAUCAAAAUCACAGCUUAUGGCUCGAUGUUUUCUGGUCAGCAAGAACAGCUGGGAAGGAAAGAGGUGGCACAGGUUCUUGCUGCACACCCCAGUAAGACGCCGGCGCAAAUCCUGCUGCGAUGGGGUCUGCAGAUGGACUUCCAAGUGAUACCAAAGAGUGUUCGCCGGGAGCGUCUCGAGGAGAACAUGAAUCUGAUGGACUUCGAGCUGACGCCCGGCGAGAUGGAAUCGCUAAGUGCGAUGCGUGGAGCCUUGCACGAGUACUGGAACCCGUUGAAGAGCAAGGUUGACCUGGGACGGACGGAUCGGGGGCAUCUCGACUUUAUUUUGCAGGACAGUCUCGUGAAGCAGCUGCAGCUUGAAGUGCAGCAGUUGAAGCUCCAGCUGGAACAGGCUCAGGAGAAGCAUGAUGACGAGGACAUCCGAGAAAUCAACGUCCAGCUCGAAGCCACGACGGCCAUCGUCGCGCGUCAAACGCGAGACUGGAUGGUCUUCCAGCAGGAGAGCGCAGAGCUCAGCAGGAAGCGGACAAAGACCAUGGAAAGUCUCAUGGCCCAUUCGUUGGGCGAUUGCCCACCGCCAUACCUGGCAAACUACUCGGAGGACCCGCACCUGGCGUUCAGACUUGUGAUGCCUGUGGCUGCAGACGGCGAGGAGCACUCGCUGGGCUCAGGCGCCAGCUGCAGCUUUCGGCUUCCUCCAAGUCUGGGGGUCUGCGACAUUACCGGAUACAUCCGCAACGAGGAAGGUCGCCUGUGGCUUCGGCCUGAGCCGCUCCCAAGAGCUAGCACACGCCCGGCAAGCAUCGAGGUCAACGGUGAAAAGCUGUCCUUGGAACCUCUCGAGUUGCAACACUUAGACUGUGUCCUUUUUGGGCGUUCUACAAUCUUCUAUGUCUUCUUGCAGAAGGUAUCGCCGGAGGAGCUCACUGCGAAACUGCGCUCGCUGUACGACAUAGACAAGGAAGAGUGGGAAGGUGGCCUCACCCAGAAGGUCGUCAACAGUAUACUCGGAGAGGCUCGCACCGACGACCCCCUAGAACGAGAGCUUGCUCGGGUCUACUGCAACCAGCUGCAAAGUCAGAAUCGCGACACGCAGGGCACCUUCAUGCUCCGAGCCUUCCUCCAGCGAGCAAAGCGAGCGCGACUGAAAGUGGACGAAGCGAACGAUCUGACGGCGUGCAUCCGCCCAAAGUCAGGCCUGCACUUCGAGCUGGUUUCACAGGUGCCAGCACUGGUUCUGAGCAGUGAGGGUAAAGAAUCGGUUGCGGAGCAGGUCCGUCUCGUGCAGCGAAUUGCGCCACUGCACCGCUUUCGACGGGCUGCCUGGAAGCUGAUGGCCGCAACAAAGGGCACGCGAAUCAAGGACGCUGUGGAGCGUGUUCUUCCCAGCAGCGCUUCACCGGCGUCCUAUGAUGGUACUCCCGAGUUGCUCUCAACUUGGACAUGGACUAAGCAGUGGGAGCACGUGAGCGCGCAGCAUUUGGGGGCAGCAGCACCCAUGUAUGCAACAUCGUUCCUGGUCCGCGAGCAGAUGUCACGUUUUGUCCGCCCACCAGAGGUCAAUCAGGGCAUUUCUUUGGACGCCCUUGAAGCGCGUGCCCCAGUGGAGGAUCAGUCGGUCGAUCUAGAGGAGUGGCAGCGCAUGCUCACCAGUGUGCGCCCUGCAGAAGAGAAGUGGGCGAGCUUCGUCAGAAGGAUGCAGAAUUGCAACAGUUAUUUCACGCCUUCGGAGAAGGUCCUGACCCUGCACAGUGACUGGAUCUCCACGGCUCCAGGAAAGCAGCUAGGUCGCCGAGGAGCGACUGUGCACCAGAGCGACCCAGCGAUCGAGGGUCAGCCGCCGCUCAAAGGAGGCGCAGAGGAUAUGUCGCACAUGCUGAAGCGAGGUUGCUCCAAGCUUAUCCUCCUGCCGCAGAGCAAUAUCCGGCUCACAAUGUCCAUCCUCGGGCUGAUCGCCAUCGUCUGGGAUGUCGUCUUUAUUCCAAUCCAGGCAUUCGAUGAUUUGCCUGUCUACUUCGAUGACUUCCUAAUGCAAAUGACCUAUGCCGUGUUCGCCUAUUGGUUUCUCGACUUUCUUCUCCAGUUC